AUGCCCGACAAAGACGCCGGUACCCCUCGGGUCUUCCUCUACCGACACGGCCAGACGGAAUGGUCGCAGAAUGGCCGUUAUACCGGCAAGACUGAGCUAGAACUUACCAAGAAUGGAGAAAACCAAGUCUCUGCCUCCGGCAAGAUCAUUGUCGGUUCGGGCAAGCUGAUUGACCCCGCCAAUCUGGCCCACGUCUACACGAGCCCUCGUCGGCGGGCCGUCCAGACGUUUGAGAUCGCCUUCUCGGAGGCCGAUCGACAGGCCUUGCACGAUGCCAAGAAAGUCUCGCUCACGGAGCGACUUGCCGAGUGGGACUAUGGCCAGUAUGAAGGCCUCGUCACCAAGGAGAUCCGCGCCUUGCGUAAAGACCAUGGUCUGGACGCCGAGAGGCCUUGGGACAUCUGGCGGGACGGAUGCGAAGGUGGAGAGUCGUCCCAACAGGUUAGUGACCGUAUUGACGAUCUUAUUCAGGAGAUCCGCGCCAUCCACAAGGGCAACAUGCGCGGAGAGAACCCCUGCGACAUCGUCCUGGUGGCCCAUGGCCAUUUGCUUCGUGCCUUCACCAAGCGCUGGCUGGGGUAUCCACUCGAAUUUCCUCUGUCUUUGAUGCUCGAGCCGGGUGCUGUUGGUGUUCUGAGCUAUCAACAUCAUAACAUUGAUGAACCUGCCAUGUUGGUUGGAUACGGGUUCCCGGUUCAAGAGUGA